UCAGUUUUCCUGCAGGACUCUUUAUUUUCUCUGUGCGGCAGAUUUUCUGCGCUCCGCUGCCCGCAUGCUGGCUCUGUCCAGAAUAGUUAUAUCCCUCUGCCCCAAAGUCAAACCCUGGGGUCAAAAUAAUGUCCACGCUUGGUUGCUAAACAACCAGGGGCGCCUACUGAACGGAGGCUCAUUAACUCCUCAUUGUGAUAGCCGCGCAUGUUCCGGGACUGGUAAAGACGGCUGCGCAAGCACCACGCAAUGGCCAGACGCUUGUGUAAGGAACCCUGACACCGUCCACUUGAAUUCCUGGCUGCCGGGAGAAGCCAUGGAGAAGUCGGAUGACCUGACGGAGGUGGUUCUGCUGGCCACGGGAUCGUUUAACCCCAUCACUGUGAUGCACCUGCGUCUGUUUGAGCUGGCCCGUGACUAUCUGCAUGGAACUGGAAGAUACAAGGUGGUGAAAGGCAUCAUAUCACCGGUGAGUGACAGCUACAAGAAGACAGGUCUUGUGGAGGGGUCUCACCGUCUGGCUAUGGCACAGCUGGCUACUGAGACUUGUGACUGGAUAGAGGUGGAUACCUGGGAGUGUAUGCAGAAGAACUGGACGGAGACCGUGCUGGCAUUAAGACAUCACCAGCAGCAGCUGGUACGUGCCAAUAAUUGCUCGGGCCAGAGGCAGACGGGGUACAAGAAGGGGCACAAGAGAAAGAGAGGGAACAGCUGCCAAGAUGUCACCGACUAUAGCUGUCCGGAGAGUAAAGCCGCCCCUCGGGUGAAGCUUCUCUGUGGGGCAGACCUGUUGGAAUCCCUGGGUACACCCAACCUCUGGAAGCCAGAAGAUGUGGCAGAGAUCGUGUCAUCCUUUGGCCUGGUCUGCAUCACACGGUUGGGAAGCGAUGCCCGUAAGUUCAUCUAUGAUUCGGACGUCCUGUGGAAAUACAAGGACAACAUUCAUCUGGUGGAGGAGUGGAUUACCAAUGACAUCUCCUCUACCAAGGUCCGGAGAGCCUUGAGGAGGGGGCUCAGCGUCCGAUACCUUGUUCCAGAUCCGGUGCUGGACUACAUUCAAAAACACGACCUGUACAAUGAGCAGAGUGAGCUAAAGAACUCGGGGCUCAUCCUAGAACCUCUAAAGCGAAACAAGAACCCUCAGGAUAUAGUGGGGACUGUGAUGAUGAUGAUGAUGCAGGUGGGGACUGUGAUGAUGAUGAUGAUGAUGAUGAUACAGGUGGGGACUGUGAUGAUUCAGGUGGGGACUGCGAUGAUGAUGAUACAGGUGGGGACUGUGAUGAUGAUGAUACAGGUGGGGACUGCGAUGAUGAUGAUACAGGUGGGGACUGAUGAUGAUGAUACAGGUGGGGACUGCGAUGAUGAUGAUACAGAUGGGGACUGCGAUGAUGAUGAUACAGGUGGGGACUGUGAUGAUACAGGUGGGGACUGUGAUGAUGAUGAUACAGGUAAGGACUGUGAUGAUACAGGUGGGGACUGCGAUGAUGAUGAUACAGGUGGGGACUGCGAUGAUGAUGAUGAUACAGGUGGGGACUGCGAUGAUGAUGGUACAGGUGGGGACUGCGAUGAUGAUGAUGAUACAGGUGGGGACUGCGAUGAUGAUGAUGAUACAGGUGGGGACUGCGAUGAUGAUGGUACAGGUGGGGACUGCGAUGAUGAUACAGGUGGGGACUGCGAUGAUGAUGAUGAUGAUGAUACAGGUGGGGACUGCGAUGAUGAUACAGGUGGGCACUGCGAUGAUGAUGAUGAUGAUGAUGAUGGUACAGGUGGGGACUGCGAUGAUGAUGAUACAGGUGGGGACUGCGAUGAUGAUGAUACAGGUGGGGACUGUGAUGAUACAGGUGGGGACUGUGAUGAUGAUGAUACAGGUUAUCAUGAAAGGCUGAACAUGGUUCCCCCAACCUUCACUGGCACCUGGAACAUGGUCAGCAAUGAGAACUGUGACCGCUAUAUGCAGAGUCUGGGUAUUGAUAUCAUCACCCGGAACUUGGCAAAGCUGCUGAAGCCUCAGAAAAUCAUUGAACAGAACGGGGACUCGUUUGUAAUCCGGACACUGAGCAGCCUGCGCAACUACCAGGUCCAGUUCACGCUGGGGGAGGAGUUUGAUGAGGACACCAAGGGCGUGGAUAACCGGAAAUGCAAGAGCCUGGUUACCCUGGAAAAUGGGCGUCUAUCUUGCGUUCAGAAGGGUGAGAAGAAGAAUCGGGGGUGGGCCCAUUGGAUUGACGGCGAUGAUUUGCACUUGGAGCUGACCUGCGAGGACCAGGUGUGCAGGCAGGUGUACAGGAAGGUGCAGGAAACCUCCUGAUGAGUGUACAGCCUGCUCUGGAAACGCGCUGCUUGUACAAAUGUCUGCAGUAACUGCCUGCUAUAUUUAUAUUUCAUAGGACGAUUUGCAUGUAUCAGUGACUGGAUAUUGAGGCUCUGUGGGGUUGUGGUUCCUUUCUACCCAUGGCUGCAAAAUAAAAUAUUUCUAUGAUAA